AAGCCUCAGUCUCGGUUAGCUUUACUUCAGCGAGAACCGGCCCACAGAGGAGGCCGGUUCUUUCCGGCUCGAGCAGGUCCGGACCCGCCCCUCUGGCGGCUACGCAGUCUCGGAGGCCUGCCCAUAUAGUUCAGGGCCGGACAGCGAGCAGCGGCGGCUGCCAGUAAGGGUUUGGAGUCAUGAGCAGGUUUAAUUUUGGAAGAACUUUACAGAAAUAGAGCCAGGGUCUCAUUAUGUUGCUCACGCUGGUUUUGAACUCCUGAGCUCAAGUGAUCCUCCCACCUCAGCCUCCCAAAGUCCUAGGAUUACAGGUUUGGCUCCAGCAGCUGCUGUUGUCACCACCACUAGUUCAAGCACCAUGCAGUUUACCUCAAUAUCAAAUUCUUUGACCUCCACUGCUGCUAUUGGGCUCUCAUUUACAACUUCAACAACUACCACCACCACUUUCACCACCAACACUACUACCACAAUCACCAGUGGCUUUACUGUGAACCAAAACCAACUGUCAUCAAGAGGGUUUGAAAACCUUGUACCUUAUACUUCAACUGUUAGUGUAGUAGCAACUCCUGUGAUGACAUAUGGUCACCUGGAGGGUCUUAUAAAUGAGUGGAACCUUGAGCUGGAAGAUCAAGAGAAGUACUUUCUUCUCCAGGCCGCUCAGGUCAAUGCUUGGGACCAUACACUGAUUGAGAAUGGUGAGAUGAUUAGUAUUUUACAUGGAGAAGUGAACAAAGUGAAACUGGAUCAGAAAAGGUUGGAACAAGAAUUGGAUUUUAUCCUGUCACAGCAGCAGGAACUAGAAUUUCUGUUGACUUAUUUAGAGGAGUCUACGAGCGACCAGAGUGGACUUCAUUAUCUGCAGGAUGCAGAUGAGGAGCAUAUGGAGACGCAUGCUGCGAAGGAAGGUAGAAGAGGUAACAUGGGUUUUCGAGGAUUAUCGUCACAAGGAGCAUGCACGCAAUGUGAACACUGCUUUUUAUUGAAUGACCAUAUCUUCAGCGUGUCAUUUCUGGAUUAUUGCCUACAAAUUCUGAUGUUAAAUAGAGUAGUAUUUAUACUUAAUAUUUCAUCUUGAUUGUAAUGAAUUGUGCAUCCUUUUUUUCAUUUAAGUAUUGUACUGUUGAGAAUUAUACCUUAGUUUUGUUUUUAGUAUUAGAAAAUCAAAAUUAUACUAGCCCCUUUGUCCAGACAGCAGCCUCUUAGAUGCUGACCCUAUAUGUGUAAUUUAUGUCUUACUCUCCCUGGCAUCAGUAAACAUCAUCCUUCUCACUCCAGUUGAAUCGUAAGGUGAUGUUUGCCAAAAGUACAUGCCAACCUUAUAGUGCUAGAUACUGUAAAGUCUCUUCUUCUCAAAGGAACCUACUGUCUAGUUUGAGAUAUAAUUAACGCUUGUCUGCAUAAAAACAAUAUAGAUAAUAUAAAGAAGUGCAGUAUGAAUUAUAGAAAGUGUGUUAUAGAGAUUCAGAGCAGGGAGGAAAAGUUAGGGUAGAUUAUUAUUAAAAGGUUAAGGAAAGGUAAGUUACAAGGAAUUUGGUUAUUUUUAAUGUAUGGAUAUACUGGCAUUUUAUUUGGUUUUAGCAUAUGAUUUAUAGUUGGUGAUUUCCAUGUAUUUGUUUGCUUUUCUUUUUUUUGUUUUUUUGUUUGUUUGUUUGUUUGGUUUUGUUUUAAAUAAGCCUUGUUCUUAGGUUUGGAACAGUCUGGUCUCCUGUGUUUCAUGUUUCACCUAAGUCAUAAAUAAAGGUAAUGUCCUAAAAAAAUAUGUAAUACUGAAAUUAACUAUUAAAAGUUUUUAAGUGAAUAGA